AUGGGACGACAUCUCAGCCCUAAGCCGUGCAGAGAAAGAUCUUAUCUGUGCAGACUCCCAUCUGACUACCUUACAACCAGACGCCCACCAGAUACUCUCCCAAUUGUCGGAAACGCCAUCCACUUCCUCAAGCCCCGUCAUGUCUUGUUCGACUGGUUCGUCAAGUGCCAGAACCUCUUUGGCCAUGAAACCUUUGAGAUAUCGGUCCCGACUCUGCCGCCGGGAGUGGUCAUCAACAGUCCUGAAAACCUGGAGUUCGUCCUGAAGAGCGAGGCGGCCAUCACCAAGGGCGAAUUCUUCAGAUCGCGAUCGUGGGACUUGUUCGGGUAUGGCAUCAUCAAUGCUACAGGCGACCUCUGGCGAGCCCAGCGUAAAGCCGGCCUGAAAUUCUUCAGCGGCGCCAAUCUCGACGCUCUCAUAGAGGAUGUCCUGCCAGAAGUAUACACCGACAUGACGAGGAGGGACCUCUUGCAGGCCGCCAACGACGGUUCCAUCGUCGACUUACAAACGAUCUUUCACGACCUCACGACAACCGUUGUCGGACACAUGGCGUACGACAUGGAAAUAUCAGCCUCAUCGUCCUUUAGCAAAGCCUUCGACCACGCGUCCUCCCACAUUGGUCUGCGGUUUCAGAACCCGCUGUACCGGCUCACCGAGCUCUUCACGGCAUCCGGGGGGCAAUUCCACGACUCCCUCAGCGAAGUCAAGCGAUUCGGUCGUGAGAUCGUUUUGAACGCACGUAAACGCCGCUCUCGCGCCGCGUUCGAGAGUCUCAUCACCGACGACCCCGUCCCCGCCGCCAACAACCCCGACUUCCACGGCACACUGAUCGACUCGCUGAUCGAGUCGUUCGCGGACCCGCAGGUCGUCGCCGACUCUGCUCUCAACUUCCUCUCGGCGGGCCGCGACACCACAGCCCAAGCGCUGACGUGGACCUUUUACGCGCUCUUGCGCCAUCCGAGUGCGCUUGACGAUAUCAGGACCGAAAUCGCCGCGAAAGUGCCACUGCCGCAGCUGGACGACGCGGACGAUCUCGAAUCCACCACCGCCAACACUACCACCACUACUAUCGACAUCUCGUCCUUACAGCCCACGACCCUCCCGCUGACCGUCGCCACGUUCUACGAGGCGCUGCGUCUCUACCCCCCUGUGCCGUUCGAGAUCAAACAGACAACCACGCCCGUGACGCUCCCGGACGGGACGUACCUCCCCGCCGGCGCCGUGGUGGUGUGGUGUAUCUGGGCCUUCAACCGCGCGCGGGCGACGUUCGGCGACGACGCGCACCUCUUCCGACCGCGCCGCUGGAUCGACGACCAGGGCAGGUUCACGCCGAAGUCGCCCUUCGAGUUCCCCGUCUUCAACGGCGGGCCGAGGGCGUGCCUGGGCAAGAAAAUGGCAGAGGUCAUGGCCGUGUGGGUCAUGAUCAGGAUGUGCACGGAUUGGGAUGUUGUCGAGGAAGGACAACAGGAACAAGACACCGCGCUUAAGACGGACGGUACGGACAGUACGGACAGCGUGGACAACGCCACAACGUCACCUGCACCGCGCACACCCCAACCCCGUCGUCGAUUCGAACGAGGAAAAUCACCCCUCCCCUUGCCCGAGAGGGUGAGCGCGAAUAGUCUGACUUUGCCGAUGGAGGGAGGGCUGCCCUGUCGGAUCAGGGUCAGGGCCAGGGCCAGAAAACAGUGA